AUGAUAAGAUAUCAUCGCCGGCGUAUAGGAACUCAUAAUUGUGUUUCGAAAUUUGACGUGCUUCCCUGCGAUAUAGCUUAUACAGAUGAACUAGUAACUGGGUGGAAAAAUGUUCAGAAGAUGCUAGCUACUAACAAAAAGAUGAAAAUUCAUUACACUCCUUGUAGAGGCCUUAACCAAGUUCCUGUUGGGCGUCUGGGUAUAUCCAAGCAAAGUGAGAUUCUUGCGCCAACAAUGAAUGUAACAGAUUUGAUUGGCAAUAAUGUUUUGCUUCGACCAAAAGAUUUUAUUAUGCGUUGUCCAGUUUGCUUCGUUUACAGCACAUUUUCAUCUGGCAAGCAAAAAAGGAAGUGUAGUCGGUCACUGAAAACACUCAAGAAGGGAUGGCCUCAACAUGCAAGAUUAUGCGAUGAAGUUGAACACCACGAGUCAGUUGAUUUCUGCAAUACUUACGAUUAUGUUCUCCGGAGAAUUCAAGGCUUAGAAGAAACAGUAAUCAGUGAUGAUACUCUUUAUGAUCUAGAUACUACUGUCUGA